UACCCGGCGCCUGCGGCGUACCUCUCGAUCGACGGCACGAGCAAAUUCACUUCAUUUUGGUUCGGAAGAUGUCUAGCCUUACGACCCUAAGCAGCGGUAGUAAGGAGUCCCUGGAGGCGGAGGAACUCGUUGACACAAGGCUGUCGCUCGUGAUCGGCGCCGGGAGCCAACCGCCGCCGGCGCCAAAGGCAGCGGGCCAUGUGCCGAGAAAUACUGCAAGAGGGCAGCAUGGCAAGAGGGCCAGGGCUGUGCAUGGCGGCAGCGACGUCGACGACGACGACGGCGGACAUGACGCUGCCGGCCGCGCGAGGAAGAAGCUCCGGCUCACCGAGGAGCAGGCGGCGCUGCUGGAGAAAAGCUUCCGCGCCCACAACGUCCUCUCCCACGUACGUCCAUGUCUUCUAGGAGAUUCUGACCGGAUUAUUUUGGAAUUGCAGGGUGAGAAGCACGAUCUUGCGAGGCAGCUCGGGUUGAAGCCGAGGCAGGUGGAGGUGUGGUUCCAGAACAGGAGGGCGCGCACCAAGCUCAAGCAGACGGAGCUCGACUGCGAGCUGCUGCGACGGUGGUGCGAGCGCCUCAGCGACGACAACGCACGGCUCAGGAGCGAGCUCGCCGAGGCACGCGCGGUCCUCCUCGUCGGCCGUGCGCAGGGCUCGAGUCUCACGGGGUGUCCGUCCUGCAGCAGGCUCGCCGGCGGACGGAGGGCGGCUUAAUUACCGCCGCCGUAAAACUAGUCAACUAGAGAAGUGCGCCGUCACGUAGUAGUACAACUUUUAAAAAUGUAGCGUAGGCUAUAGGGGUAGGGAAUUACCUAGGCAUGACCCAAAUUAGAGUGUGUGUUGUGAUGAGGUUUAUGUAGACUCACACUCACACGAGCCUCACGAGCACACGACAGCAUGUCCUAGUACUAGGUAGGGUGUAUGUACUGUACAUGGUAAUUUCGUUACAAUGAUGUGUUCAUUAGUAAUUA